CAGUUCUUUCGAAGAGAAGCGCAACGUGUGUUCUGUGAAAUAUUUAAGUAAACUUAGUUUUUCCUACCUAAAAUUUACGGUAAAAAUGGCAACACUGGACCGAAAAGGGACUUUUAAGGUUGAAUACCUUCAGGAAAUAGAGAAACAGGUGCAAGCAAGAUGGGAAGCAGAGAAGGUCUUUGAGGUUGAGGCGCCCACAGAUGGCCGGCCUCAUGAGAAGUUCAUGUGCACCUUCCCCUUCCCAUACAUGAAUGGCCGACUGCAUUUAGGGCACACCUUUUCACUUUCCAAAUGUGAGUUUGCAACAAGAUAUUACAGACUGAAAGGAAAAAUGGUGCUAUUCCCCUUUGGCUUCCACUGCACUGGCAUGCCAAUCAAAGCUUGUGCUGACAAGCUGAAGAGAGAGAUGGAACUAUUUGGCUGUCCUCCCGUUUUCCCGGAAGAGGAAGAAAUCACAGUCAAAGAGGAGACUGACUUAGUACCAAAGGACAAGAGUAAAGGGAAAAAAAGUAAGGCUGUAGCUAAAACUGGCUCUGCCAAGUAUCAGUGGCAAAUCAUGAGGAGUCUAGGGGUGCCAGAAGAAGAGAUCAAGCUGUUCGCUGAUGAACAUUACUGGCUGGAUUACUUUCCGCCGCGGGCCGUGAAUGAUCUGAAGAGGAUGGGCAUACAUGUUGACUGGCGGCGCAAGUUCAUCACGACGGACGCCAACCGGUUCUUCGACUCGUUCGUGCAGUGGCAGUUCCACCACCUGCGCGAACGCAACAAGAUCAAGUACGGCAAGCGGCACACGAUCUUCUCGCCGCUCGACAAGCAGCCGUGCAUGGACCACGACCGCAGCGCGGGCGAGGGCGCCGGCCCGCAGGAGUACACGCUCGUUAAGAUGGAAGUUGUUGAACCGCUGCCGGAGGUUUUCAAGUCUUUCAAAGGCAAGAAAAUUAGCUUAGUAGCGGCAACUUUACGGCCGGAGACCAUGUACGGCCAGACAAACUGCUGGGUUCAUCCCGACAUCAAAUACAUAGCGUUCGAGACCGUCAAGGAUGGGAUAUUCGUGUGCACACGGCGCGCCGCGAGAAACAUGGCGUACCAGGGCUUCACGAAGAAGGACGGAGAAUUCCAGGUUCUUAAGGAGAUCGUCGGUCAGGAGCUAUUUGGUGUAGCCCUCAAAUCGCCUUUGACGAGUUAUCCAAAGAUCUACGCUCUGCCGAUGUUGACGAUCAAAGAGGACAAAGGUACCGGCAUCGUCACGAGCGUGCCUUCAGAUUCACCUGACGAUUACGCUGCCUUAGUCGACCUUCAGAAGAAACCCGCUUUCCGGGAAAAAUACGGAAUCGCAGACGAAAUGGUCCUUCCGUUCAAGCCGGUGCCGAUCCUCGAAAUUCCGGAAAUUGGAAACCUAGCAGCCGUGACCAUGUAUGAGAAGCUCAAAAUCCAAAGUCAAAACGACAAAGACAAACUUGCUGAGGCAAAAGAGUUGGUUUACCUGAAAGGUUUUUAUGAUGGUAUUUUGCUUGUUGGAGAGUUUGCUGGGCAAAAAAUUCAAGAUGUGAAAAAACUUCUACAGAAUAAGCUUGUAGAGGAGAAUGGCGCUGUAGUAUAUUUCGAACCUGAGAAAACUAUAAUAUCUCGGUCAGGGGACGAGUGUGUAGUGGCUCUGUGCGACCAGUGGUACUUGGACUACGGGAAUGAGGAGUGGAAGGCGCAGGCGGAGCGCGCGCUGGCCGGCGUCAACACCUAUCAUGAUGAAGUGCGCAAGAACUUCCAGGCCACGCUGAAGUGGCUGCACGAGUAUGCCUGCUCAAGGACGUAUGGACUGGGUACAAAACUGCCAUGGGACCAACAAUGGCUGAUCGAGUCGUUAUCGGACUCUACGAUAUACAACGCCUACUACACGGUGGCGCACUACCUGCAGGGCGGGUCGUUCCGCGGCGACGCGCCCAACGCGCUGCAGAUCACGCCGGACCAGAUGACCAUCGAGGUCUGGAACUACAUCUUUUUUAAGGAUGCUCCGUUCCCCAAGCACACUAAAAUACCGAAAAAGUCGUUGGAUCUGAUGAAGCAGUCUUUCAACUUUUGGUAUCCCGUCGACGUAAGAGUAUCGGGCAAAGACUUGAUCCAAAACCACUUAACAUACUACAUCUAUAACCACUGCGCGAUCUGGCCGAGCGAGGAGGACAAGUGGCCGAAAGGCAUCCGAGCCAACGGGCACUUGAUGCUCAACUCCGCCAAGAUGUCCAAGAGCGACGGGAACUUCCUCACUCUGUCGGAGAGCAUAGAGAAGUUCAGUGCGGACGGAAUGAGGCUGACCCUGGCGGACUCUGGGGACUCCGUAGAGGAUGCCAACUUUGUGGAGAGCACGGCGGAUGCGGCCAUUUUGAGACUGUACACGUUCAUAGAGUGGGUGAAGGAAAUGAUGGGCACCAAAUCGUCAUUGAGGACAGGGGAAUACAAUUUCCACGAUAAAGUGUUUAUAAGCGAGAUGAACACUAAAAUUCAGCAGACCGAUGAAAGCUACGACAAGAUGUUGUUCAAGGAAGCGCUGAAAACGGGCGUGUUCGAGCUGCAGGCAGCGCGCGACAAGUACCGCGAGCUGUGCGCGGACUGCGGCCUGCACGCGGAGCUGGUCACGCGCUACAUCGACACGCAGGCGCUCCUGCUCGCGCCCGUGUGUCCGCACGUCGCCGAGCACGUGUGGCGGCUGCUGGGGCACAAAACCAGCAUCCUGCACGCUCGCUGGCCGGUCGCCGGCGACGUGGACGAGGCGGCCGUGAAGGCGAGCAACUACCUCAUGGAAGCGACGCACUCGUUCCGCGUCUACCUGAAGAACCACUGCGCCGCCAAGAAGCCAAAGAAAGGCGAGGCGGCCAAACCUGAGCGGAAACCGGACACCGCCGUCAUCUGGGUGGCUAAGGAGUACCCGCGGUGGCAGCACAUCAUUCUCACCACGCUGAAGGAGCUGUAUGGGCCGUCAGGUCUCCCCGACAACAAGGUGAUCUCGAGCAAGCUCGGCGCCGUCUCGGAACUGAAGAAGUACUCGAAGCGGGUGAUGCCGUUCGUGCAGAUGACCCGGGAGCACGUGGAGCGCAUCGGGCUCGACGCGCUCUCCGUCGGGCUGCCCUUCGACGAGAUGGCCGUGCUCAAGGACAACCGGCAGUAUCUGCUCAACACUUUAGAUCUGGAUAGUCUAGAAGUGAAGUACACAGAGGAUCCCGGAGCGCCCGAGAAGACGCGCGAGGACUGCGCGCCGGGGCUGCCGCACAUCUCGUUCAGCGCCGCGCCCGCCGUGCCCGUGGCCGUCGUCAACCCGGAGCCCAUGAGCGGCCUGUUCACCGUGCACGUGGCGCUCGCAGACCAGGACACGGUUGACAAGAUCAAGGCGAAGAUCGUCAAGGAAGUCAAGGCUAUCAAAGAUGCGAGCUCUCUGAAGCUGUGGCGCUACACGGACCCGGUGCUGGGGCCGCGGCGGAUCCCGGCGGCCGGCGACCUGCAGAGCCGCUGCGCCGUGCUGGAUGCCGGCGUGCUGCUCGUCGAGCCCGCCGCCGGCCGAGUGCAGCUCGCGCUCAACGGCUCCAGCCUGGACCUCGGCACCACCCUGCUUUAUACUUAUGAUAAAUAGCUAUAAAUAAAUUAUUUAUUUAUUA